AUGAGAACUCAGUCAAUCGAUUUAUCGAUCUGGCGUCGGCAUACAGAGUUCUGCGUAGUCACCAGUCUUGCGCCGUCGGUCGAUGAUUGGCCUACGAGCCUUAUAACUGUGGUUUGUUCUGCUGCUGCUGCUGCUGCUGCUGCUGCUGCUGCUGCUGCUGCUGCUGCUGCUGCUGCUGCUGCUGCUGCUGCUGCUGCUGCUGCUGCUGCUGCUGCUGCUGCUGCUGCUGCUGCUGCUGCUGCUGCUGCUGCUGCUGCUGCUGCUGCUGCUGCUACCUCUGAAGAUGGACUCCUGUACGAGUCUGAAAGCUCAGGACAAUAA